AUGGCAGACACUAUGCUGAGCUUUGCUUUGGAGAAACUUUCAAUCCUCAUAACUGCAGAGGCAGAAUUGCUAGGUAGCCUAUCAGAUGAUGUUAGAAAGUUGCAAUAUGAAUUAGAUAGCAUCAAAGAAGUUCUCAAGGAUGCUGAAAAGAAAGCAAAAGUAGAUAAUGGCAUCCGCGUGUGGCUGACGCAACUAAGAGAAAGCGCUUACCACAUUGAGGAUGUCAUUGAUCAAUACUUCCUUCUCAAGCAGCAACAGCAGCAACAACAACAAGAUUUGUUGCAAUCCGACUAUAAUAAAAGUCAGAAAAAGAUUCUAGCUGAUAUUGUUGAGAUAAACAACAGAAGAGAAAGGUAUGAACUCAUUACCACAGCAGAUGACUCUACUGAAAAUGAGCAGAAUUGGCAAGACCCUCGAGUUUCCUCCCUCUUCAAGGAUGUGUCUGAGCUUUUCGAUUUUACUCGUAAGAAGACACAAAUCUUUAGCUGGUUGAAUUUGGAGCAGCAAAAUGAUCAAGAUUGUACGAAGAUACAAGGUCCUCGUGCUGUCAUAGCCGUGGUUGGUAUAGGAGGAUUAGGCAAAACAACGCUUGUUCGGAAAGUGUAUGAAGAUAUGAAGGUUAAAGAAGGAUUCUCUGUGUAUGCUUGGGUGACAGUCUCUCAAUCAUACAGAUGGAGGGAUUUGCUAAAUAGCAUAUUUAAGCAAGUUCACGCGGAGCCUUCUUUAGAAUUAGAUACAUCUGAUGAGCACACCAUUAUCAGUAAAUUAAGGAUCCACCUUGAGGAAAAGAGGUACAUAGUUGUGUUCGACGAUGUAUGGGAUACAAAACUGUGGGAAUAUGUUGAAAAUGCUUUGCCCAAUAACAAAAGAUGCAGUGGAAUAAUGAUGACCACACGAGAAGUAGACGUGGGUGGUGCUUGGAAUGAUCCAUCAAGUGAUCAUCAUCUCUAUAAAUUGGAAGCUCUAAGUGCAAAAGCAUCAUGGGAUCUUUUUUGUCAUAAGACAUUUGGUAAUACAAAUUGUCCUCCUGAAUUGGAAAAUUUGUCACGGGAAAUGGUGGGGAAAUGUGAAGGAUUACCACUUGCGAUUGUAGCGAUGGCAGGGCUUUUGUCCACCAAAGAGAAGAUUAUUUUCGAGUGGAUUAAGCUGUACAAUAGCUUUGGUUUUGAGAUUGGAAGUAAUCCUCACUUCUCCAAUACCAACAAAAUACUAUUGUUCAGCUAUUAUAAGUUACCAUAUUAUCUCAAGCCUUGUUUCUUGUACUUGGGCAUGUUUCCUGAAGACUACAUCAUCAGCAGCAACAUGUUAGUUCGGCUGUGGAUUGCUGAGGGUUUUAUACAAAAUCAACGAGGGAAAACGGUUGAAGAGGUAGCGAAAGAAUAUUUGGGUCAACUCAUUAAUAGGAGUUUGAUUCAAGUUCAUGAGAUAAAUAACCCAACUGAGCGACCACAAAUAAGAUUUUGAGUUCAUGAUAUUGUCCGUGAGAUAGUAAUUCUUCCAAAGUUAGAUUACUUAUGCAUUGGUGAAGUUUUAUCAGAAAAAAAUUUACUCACAACCAAUAAA